AUGACUCGAAGUACCGGCGCAAGGCUCUACCGGGCAUGUCUUCGUUGUCGACAACGGAAAACGAAAUGUGAUUUGAAAUAUACGGGAGGAGGGUCCCAUGCGCCAUGCUCAAAGUGCGACCUGGAAGGCCAUCAAUGCCUACCAGCCAGUUCCCGAAGAGGAGGUGACUACUCUCGAUUUCGGGGUCGUCGUCGGGGAAACGCCGAGACGCAGACCCCGAGGUCCACUGAGCAGAGUGAAACCAAGACAGAACUACAGCCGAAUACCUUGCAGGCGGAAACGGUGGGCGUGGACAGUAAUACCCUUUUCAGUGGGGGUGUCCGGAAUCCCUUAGAAGCUCUUCAAAUCCUUGCUCAGACAGCCGCCACUGCGGGGGGAGAUGACAGCAUACCUUCGCCCGAGAGGCCCUCUCCAAGAUCCGAUGACACAGGGCAUGAGGUGGUGAACUCUGUGCCUCCUAAAAUUCAUAACCAACCUAGGGCAUCCAUAAUGGCUACAGAGAUCGUCAAGGAGGGAGUAAUCAACGCACUCGACAUUGAACCCCUGGUACACUACUAUGGCAUAAAUUACCAUCCUUAUUUUCCUAUCGUGUCCAGCAGCCUAUUGGACACAGAAGACCCCGAGCACCAAUGGGCUACUGAGACGUUUCUCCUUACCUCCGUCCUUACAAUAGCCACCCAGAACAGGCCGGAUCAGAAACAUCUUCACACCCGGAUCAGGGGGUAUAUCGAUAAACUAAUCCUCCGUGUCACCCUUGGUGCUCGGAGCGUGCGACAUGUUGGAACUGUUGAAGGCUUGCUACUUUUAGCUGAGUGGAUGCCUCAUCUAAUGCUCUCCCAGGAUCAGCCCUACAGCAAUAACUCUGAGCAGAGGAAUGCAUAUGACGAAGACUGCGUAGCAUGGAACCUGAUAGGUCUUGCAGUCAGACAGGCAUAUUUAUUACAUUUAGAUACACAAUCCUUUCCUUUCGAGGUGGAAUCCGAGCCACUUAGUAUGCGCUGCCGGAGACGACUGGCGUGGAUAUUUACCUAUCUCGCCGACCGGCAAAUAUCAAUCCAAAUGGGCCAAGCAUUCUGGUCCCGCGGACCUAGUCUGUCGACCCGAUUCAGCAGCCAAGAUUACCCAUCACUCCAACCGGAAAUUACUGGCGGAACGGAUUACGCCUCCUUCGUCCAGGCCCAAGUAGACCUAACAACUAUCUUCGGAAACACUCACGACAUUCUGUACGCAUUAAAGUCGCGCACACUACAGAUAAUGAUCGUUGGCGACUACCCCAAAUACCUCGACGAUUCCGCCAAAGCAAUGGAGAUGUGGAAGGGAACCUGGUCAAACGUCGACAUUCCCCCGUCUCUGCGCUGUCUCCUCACCCUACAAUUUCAGUACUUACAACUAUACGUCAACGCUUUCGCAUUCCAGGCGGUUCUAUAUCGCUCUUCUAAAACCACAAACACGAGCCAUGAAGACAACGCAACUUUAUUCCCAGACGGCGUCAUGGCCAGUGCCGAUGCUCGCCACAUCUACGCAGCCAUCAACGCAGCCAGAGAUUUACUUCAAACAUUCGUGGAAGAGAUAACCCCAUCCGACAUUGUGAAGUUCCUCCCUGUUCGCUAUUACCUCUACGAAAUCUAUGCCUCCGUCUUCCUCUUCAAAGCCUACUCCGUCGGAGCCAUCCCUCCCGACGAAUCCCAAACAUACUUUAACUUGACCCGACAAUUCAUCUCCAUGCUCAAAGGCGCCGCUACAAGCCAAACACAUAUCGCCCAUCGCUAUGCAAAAUUACUAGGCCAUCUAUGGUGUCAUGGGAAGGUUACUCCCGAGUUGCACCAGGGUAGUGCCAUCCAAGAGGACGAAUAUACCACGCUGCAGCAGUAUACAUCGUCUGCACCUGCGGAUUCUGACGGUUUUCUUCAGCCAGCCAGUGUGAAUACUGAUUUGAUGGAUGUGUUUUCGGGUUCUUUGCCGCUGGAUCUGGGCCGCUCUUGGGAUUCUGACUUUUAUGAUGAGACGCUGUUUUCCAGUUUGCCGUUCUUUCGUGGGUUUCGCGAUCUGGAGGGUGACUAUGUUGCGUAA